GCGUGUUCGGUUGGGUUCUACGUGCGUAAUUGGAGCAAAGCGAGCCGGCGACAUCUGACUUUGAAAAUAUUACUGAGGAAAUAUUGUUUUUGUUUUUUUUUUAAAUUUUUGGUGUGGUUUAACUCGGCUUGUCACCAUGGCUGUAACGGAAGCGGGAUGCGAUCUCACGUAUUGCAAAAUGAGGGGAAUUGUUGCUGUUCUCACCGCUUUCAUCAAGGAGAGAAAAAUGGGGCUGAAUGACUUCAUCCAGAAACUGGUGUCAACCCCUCAUAUCUGCCAACAUGUUGAAGUCAACAACUUCCUAAAGAUUGAUGAGAAUCAGAAUGAGGAGGCCGAACAUGAUCUUGCUGAAAGAAGGAGGUUCCUAAAUUCGCAAAGUUCACUUGCUGAGGACACUCAGAUCAAACCUUGUGAUUUCGACUACCUCAAGAUCAUCGGCAGAGGCAGCUUUGGAAAGGUUCUGCUCGCAAGACACAAAGAGUCCACCAAAUACUACGCUGUCAAAGUGCUCCAGAAAAAAAUUAUCCUGAAGAAGAAAGAGCAAAAGCAUAUCAUGGCCGAACGCAGCGUUCUUAUGAAGAACAUCAAGCAUCCCUUCCUAGUGGGACUGCAUUACUCCUUCCAGACUACUGACAAGCUUUACUUUGUACUCGACUACGUGAACGGUGGAGAGCUCUUCUACCAUCUUCAGAGAGAAAGGAUCUUUUUGGAACCCCGGGCCAGAUUUUACACUGCUGAAAUUGCAAGUGCACUGGGCUACCUCCACUCACUGCACAUUGUGUACAGGGACCUUAAGCCCGAGAACAUCCUGUUAGACUCCCAAGGCCACAUUGUUCUCACGGACUUUGGUCUCUGCAAAGAAGGACUUGAACCCAACGGCACGACAACAACUUUCUGCGGGACGCCUGAGUAUUUGGCUCCGGAAGUUCUCCAGAAGCAGGCCUAUGACCGCACAGUUGACUGGUGGUGUUUGGGAUCGGUGCUCUAUGAAAUGCUCUAUGGACUUCCUCCCUUCUACAGUCGCAACACAGCUGAGAUGUACAACAACAUCCUGCACAAGGUUCCUGUCCUCAAACCCAACGUGUCCAACUCGGGGAGGGAGCUGCUCGAGGGGCUCCUGCAGAAGGAUCGUACCAAGAGACUGGGCGUGAAGGAUGACUUUCUUGAACUCAAGUACCACUCCUUCUUUUCACCAAUCAACUGGGACGACCUGAUGGCCAAGAAGAUCACGCCGCCCUUCAUUCCCUCUGUGAGUGGCCCCACAGACCUCCGCCAUUUUGACCCAGAGUUCACCCACCUGCCUGUGUCCUCCUCCCUGAGCAACGACCCCUUCAGCGUGACCAGCAGUAUCAAAGAAGCAGCAGGGGCAUUCCCAGGAUUUUCCUACGGGCCGCCGGCAGAGCAUUCCUUCUUGUGAAUACCAGCGUCACUUAUCAACAGUCUCUCUCCCAGAGACGACGAGCUCUGGAUUGACUUUUGUUUUGACGGCGGGGACCACACGGAGCCGCAUGUCUAGAAGGGACCUACUGAGGGUCAAACCUUGAAAGAGCUUUUUACAAUGACUCGUGUACUGAGAUGGACUCAUGUUACAACAACACUGGCCCUAAAUUUUUUUGCCUCUAGCACCUAAAACAAACUCUGUGUGCCAAGUACUGCUGCACUUCAGAAUCAUACGAUCUCACCGCACUGGUGACAGGACCUCACGGCUUCUGAUGUGACAACGAGAAGUGCCUGAUGUUGAAAACGCAAUUGGGGCGGCGCCUGCAAGAGUCUUUUUUUUUUCCCCUCCACUACUAUUCCACUCGACUUUUGACGGGGGCACACUGGCUGUUCAGGGUGAUGCCUUCAUUCCAUGUUUGCAUACACUGUAUGCUUGAACUGAAACCAUCACGAGGUUGAUUUAUGCAAUUUGAUUUCAUGUGAAUGCGCUAUUGCACAUCUGGAAACAUGGGUCAAGACUUUGAUCAUAUCUGUCUUCUCCUUUUUUCAUACGGUAUCUUUACCUGGGACCAUAUUUAACAUGUCCUGAUGGAGUGAAAUCUCCAAUUCUAAAUAUGUACAUUUGAAAUUCGAUUUGUGUUUCUAGAAACAGAAGAGAUCCACUGUUUUUACCCUGUGUAAUAUGCAUAUACAGUAAGCUAACAUUUCCCAGUGUGUACUGUGUAUAUAUAUAAAUCGAGAGAGAGAUGUAUAUGUAUCCAUUGAUUUAAUAUAACCUAUAUUUAUUGAAUGCCUUCCCCCCCAAAUACUUCAUUCACAAGCAGAGACUCUUGCAGUCAGAGAUUUAUAUUAUUUGAUAGAUCAUCAACAUGUGAUUCAACCAGCAAUAACAGGUCUAAAGAAUAUAUCCAUCAAUCAUUUUCUUCAGUAGAAUGUUUUGCCAUAAACACUCCCAACCCUGUUCAAAAUGUCUUUGCAUUUACGCAUCAUGUAGAGAGAAACUGUGAAUGUUUUGUGCCUGUCCAGGGCGGCCUGACCCAUGUGUACUGUGCGUACAGCACAUAUCUUUUGUUUUUCCGUGACCUGUUGUUCCCUCCUGUACAGAUCUUGAUUUAUUUAAGUGCUUCAUUAACUUGACUAAGAACAAUAGGAUGAAGCAAGCUUUGGCUUUAGCCACAAGCCCUUUGCUUAAUAGGGUUCUUAAAAGUGCAAUAAAAUCCCAUUGGCUUUGAUGGAGGAUUUAUCGAUGGAUCUUGCAACAGAAUGGGAAUAGUAAUGUAUGAAGUUGUCUUACGGUAUUGAAAAUGGAUGAUUUAUUGCUCGCACAUAUUAAAAACUGAUGCAUGUAAGCGUUUUUUUUAAAGCCUGCUGU